AUGCGGUUCACUUCUUUUUUUCCGAUUGCGUGCCUGCUCCUGUUAGCGGUGCUGUCAACCGCAUGGCAGCUUGACGGACUGAACCAUGGUCAACUUCUGCCGAGGCAAGAUGACUCAUCGUCGGAUUCAGACACGACGACUGCGGCCGAAAGUGCGACUACCGGCGCAACCCCCACAGCGGACGACCAGGCGGAGGAAACAACCACGUCCACAUCAUCCUCUGACAGCAACGAUGAGGAAACAACAACUGCCACCACAACUGCCAAGGCAACUCACACCGGCGGUUCCUCGUCCAAUUCAACGACGACACGCCACUCUUCCAAUACCACAUCCAUUGACGCUCGCCUUCCUGCCGGAGGUACCUCCAUGUUAACCCCAAAUGCCUAUUCAACGACGUACUACAAGGUCAUGGAUACACUCACCUUUGUUUGGAACUACACAUCGCUGUCGAUCACGCCCACGGCAGUCAAUGUUGUCGCGAUCUGCACUCAGAACAGUGCUACCUACACGAUUGCCAGCAACAUAAGCGUUGAACAAACUCAAACUGUGACCUGGGACACGGGAAAAGUAGAUGCCAAUGCCACGGCCCCGUUGCUUACCGCGACUUAUACCUUGUUUGUGUAUGAUGACACCAAAGAGGUUGGCGACACUGCUUCUGCCGGAGAGCUCGGCUCCCAGAACGGGUACAUGUUCGGAAUGUACACCCCACAGCCUUACACGCCUCUAAAUGAGUACGUCUGUGCUACGUGCAGUGACGCCCUCUCGGCCACCGAUCUCCUUGGUCUGAAAAUGGCCGUGGGAAUGGGUUUGCUCACAGUCGCGUCCUUCACCUGGUUCGCCGGCAACUUCGGCGCCUUCUCUACUUGA